CAGAUAACCGAUGGAUAACAGGUGGCUUCGAUGCACUGCUUUUUCCACUCCAGGUCCUGUUUCAGGUUUCACCUUGUAGACUGCCCCAAACGGAUUUGUCCAGCCAUCUGUCCUCCUGGUAUUGACCCUGGUUCAGUGUCUUGGAUUUACGCCUCUUGUCUCUCUCCUUGUCGGCACCACAACACUUCGGACUUGGUUUAUGACCCACGCCUGCCUCACGGACUUACAGAUUCUGCUUCACCCCUCAAACCUGGUAAAUACUGUCGAUCUGUGUCUGUCUGUCUGUUUGUCUGUCUGUCUCUGUCUCUCUCUGUCUGUCUCUGUCUGUCUGAUCUCGACCCUUGCCUUUCCCCUGACUCUGAUUUUGCCCAAUGGACAAACUGUCACCCAAACCUUACGGUGACAACAUUGCCUGGAACCGGAACCAUCUGGACUCCAUCAGUAUUUCCUGUCGGACCACUUCAGUAAACACCAGAGAAAGCACAGCACUCAUCUCCAGCAAUACCUUGCACUAACUGCAGCCAUCAAAAAGAGAGGACCUGAGUCCAGUGAAGGUGCUUCAACCAGCAAGCAGCAAAAACUAGAGGAUACCACUAAGGUUUCUCAGAAGAGCACUGACCAUGCAGUGAUAAACUUCAUUGUUCAGGGUUUGCACCCUUUUGGAAUAGUGGAACAAUCAGGAUUUCAAAGCCUGGUGCAGCAGCUUCAGCCUAAUUCCGCUGUGAUGUCUCGUUCAAUGGUUCAAACCAGGAUCGAAAAAUCUACAGCUGAAAUGAAGGCAAAUGUGAGGAAAGCAAUGCAAAAUAUCAAAUACUGUACAUAGCCACAACAACAGAUUCCUGGACUGCACAUCGAUGAAGCUUUGUUGGAGUGACUGCUCACUGAAUAGUUCCUGACAGCCUUGAGAGAUCUUCAGUAGCUCUUGCCCGCAGGCGGCUUAAAGGUUCCCACACAUUUGAUGCAUUAGCUGGUGUCCUUAACGAUAUUCAUAUGGAGUACAACAUUAGGGAGAAAAUUGUAAAAACCGCUACUGACAAUGGCUCAAAUUUCAUCAAGGCCUUUAGGGUUUAUUUUAUGGCCCUGACGAAAAUGACAGUUUGGAAACAUCCAGCGCAGGAAGUUCAGCUGAAGGCCAAAAGGCAGUGACAGUGAAUGAUGACGAGGAAGAUGAUCAGGGCGUGGAUGUAGAGGCUGUUGAGGUUGCAUCUCUUAUGGAUGAAGACGAUUGUUCCGAAUAUCAACUGCCAAAGCAUCAUCAGUGUGCUUGCCAUACGCUUAACCUGAUCUCAACAGUGGAUGCCACAAAAGCAAACUCAAAUGAGACCUACAAAAAGGUUUCACGUGCAGCAUCUGCAAAGUGUUGGGCGCUGUGGAACAAAAGUGGUCGGUCUACGAUAGCUGCUGAGCUAAUUAAAAGAGAGUGUAAACUCCAGCUCAUCCGCCUUAACGACACCAGGUGGAACUCCUUGUUUCUGGAGGUGGAACAUGUGUUGAGGAUCAUCAAGGACAGUGGAGAAGGGGCCAUCAGAGCAGUUGCCAUUGCACUUAAAGUGCCCAUGUUAAAUCCUGCAGAGCUUGCUUUCCUGACUGAAUUUGUUGCAACCAUGAGCCCAAUCUCCAAGGCCCUCAACAUCAUGCAGACAGAAGCAGAUGUCCAUAUGGGAUGGCUCAUGCCCACCAUAACCCUCCUGACAGUGAAGCUUGGCCACCUUCGUCUCUCCUCUAAGUUCUGUCAGCCACUGAUUGAUGUCAUUCAAGGAAGAAUACAGCGGCAGUUUGGACCCAUGCUUGCUGACCCAGAACUCAUCGCAGCAGCAAUUCUUCUGCCUAAGUUUCGCAUAUCUUGGACAAGCAACGAAGACAUGUUGAAACUAGGUCUGGACUACAUCAAGACCCACCUGGAACAGGAGCCAGUGCAGCUUCCUGGUAACAACUCGAGCUCAUCAGAGGACAACUACUUCAGUGUUAUGAAGACCAACAUUCAGGAGUUCCACACAGCUAGAUGGGUACUUGGCCAGCAGUGCCACUACAAUGGAUGUUCUCAAGUCAGUCCCUGCAGUGUGCAAUUUGUCGUAAAAGUUAAACACACCCUUGCCUGCCUCAGCAGCAUGUGAAAGACUAUUCAGUACAGCAGGACAGAUUUUCUCUCCCAAAAGAGCCAGACUGGACUCAAAAAACUUUGAAAACCAACUUCUUUUGAGCUUGAACAAGAAAUUCUUGUCACAAUAUUAAAAUGUUAAGUUCAUACACUGCAAAAACUGUCCAUCUUACCAAGUUUUAAAACCUUAUA